AUGGAGCUCGGGUUGUGGUUCCUCUUUGGACUUACAGUGACCUCCACCGCAGGGUUCUUGCGUCCGACAGCGCCUCGCCUGGAGCCAGCGGCAGUUGGAGGGGGCGGGAGCCCUAGGGUUCCCGCAGCCCGGGAGAGCGAUGGAGAAGAGAAUGAAGCAUUGGCGGUCGGGACAAUCACAGAGCUGAGCCCGACUGGGGCCGGACAGGACAAGGGCUCAGGCCGGCCCAGGGAGCCCCGGCAGGCAUCAGUGGGGGCAGGAGGGAGCCCUGCGCGCAAGAGACAGAAGCGCUGCACUUGCUACACUUACAAGGACAAAGAGUGCGUGUACUAUUGUCACCUGGACAUCAUCUGGAUCAAUACCCCUGAACGGACUGUACCAUAUGGACUCUCCAAUUACAGAGGCAGUUUCCGGGGCAAGAGAUCCAUAGAUCCUAUACCCAGGAGUUCACCACCAUUUGAAGGGCCAUGGAACCGAUGUUCUUGCACAGAGCAAGAUGAUGAUGCCUGCAUUCAUUUUUGCACCAGAACUGAAGAGAGCAGAAGUAAUUCAAGGACAGUAGAAAAACAUCAAGACAUAGACAUGGAACAGCCUCCUGAAGAGUGGCCCUGACAGGACAAAUGCUGCAUGAACAGAGG